AUGGAAUUAAAUCCAUAUAGACGAUAUUGCAUUAUACAAUUUAUUCUUUUAUUAGAUCUAAAUUACAUUUCCGAACGUGUUUUAGUCAUUUUGUCCAAUAAUGAUCUGGAUCAUGUAAAUUGGUCUCACAUUCUUCAACUGAUAUCUGUUAUGAUUACAUGUAAUAGAGGAGGUGUAUCCACUGUUAAAUUUAUGAUUCAUCAACUUCUAUUGUCAUUAUUCAAUUCAAAUAUGAAUUAUAUCAACAAUGAUAAUGUUGAUUUAGAUUGUUUACAUUUAUUAGAUGAUGUAUUUAUUCAUAAAAGUCAAUUGGAUGUUUUAAAAUCAAACAAACAUGAUAAACAAUUACUUAUAGGAGUUUUAUUAAUUGCACGUCAAUUAUGCUCAGAAGAUAAUCGAUUAACUGGGAUAAAUUAUAAACAAUGGUGGAUGGAAACGUUUUCUAAUCCAUUACUAUCAACACAUAAUAAUACACAGAAUGUUCUUUCAUCACGUUGUGCUGUAGUUUAUUUUUGUGAUUUACUCAUUGGACUAUUACCUUGGGAAACAGAUCCAAAAUUUCUACAAAUUCAAGUCAACACUCGACCUAAUUGGUUUAAUCCUGUAAAACGUUCAAUGAAUAAUAAUCGAAUCAAAAUUCAUACUGACAAAAUUCGUGUAAAACCGACUGAAGUAAUUAUGUCAUUCAAUGAAGAUGAGUUAAUAAUGCCGAUUGAUUUGGAAUGUACAAAUAUGAUAACUGAUAAUCAUAAUCAUAAUACCUACAUAGAAUCUUGUAUAAAUCGAUGGAAUGAUUAUUGUGAAAUUGCACAAGGAAGGUUAGCUGAAUUAAGGGUAAGAUGGAAUACUUCUUGGUUAGAUGAUACAAUGAUUAUGUAUGUUAAUCACGUUAGCACUUAUCCUUUCAAAUGUACUAGACCUCUACUAGCUUUAUUAAAUGCACCUGAAACAGAACAUUUAUCAGACGAGUUAAAAUUUGCACGUGAACAAUUAUUACAGGGGAUACGUUCAGCUGGUCUAUCACAUUUAUUGAAUCAUACAAAAGAAAAAACCUCUACCACAAAGAUGAUUACAAAAACAACAACAACAACCAAGAGGAAGAAGAAACGGCCAACUUGUACUACACAACGAUCUUCAACAUCUAAACAAUACAGAAUGUCUAAUAAAAGCGAAUUCUACAAUGAAACAAAUAAAACUUGA